AUGGAGAGCAAUAACGCAGUUAGGGUGAAAGAAGAGCCGAGCGAUACUUGGUCGAACGCAGGUGAUGAUUGCUUUUUCAAUUUGGGGGACAUUUGUAAAGCCGAAAACUUUGAUACGUUACCGCUUCAUGAAUUAUCGGCAAAGCAUUCGAAUGAGGCCGUGGCGUUACAGGAGAGGUUAGAUGAAAAAAUAUUCAUAGAUUUGGAGUGCAAAUAUAUUAAGCCUGAACUGCCGCUUUUAUCGACCACCACCUGCAAGACCGAGCAUAAAAGUUUCCAAUCUACUGUAAAAACAGAAAAGGAAAAUUCAACCAACCACAUGAUUGAUAAAAGUCUCAAAAAGGGAUUUAAUUAUGACAAUAAUUGUCAAUUGAAUGUUAACCCCAGUUGCAAAAUUGCCGAUUAUGAGAAGCUUGAAAUUUUUGAAAAAAAUGGUGAAAGAAGAAAAUCAUCGCAUGUGAGAUUUGUGAUGAAUCAUUUUCCUGCAAAAGCGAUCUUAAAUUUCAUUUUAAGUCUAGACAUGAUCACAGCAAAAGAUUUGAAUGUGGGAUCUGUCACAAAUCAUUUUCUCGCAAGGCAUACCUCAAAAAUCACAAAUUCAGUACAUGAUCGUAUCAAACCUUUCAAAUGUGACAUUUGUUACAAAUCAUUUGAUUACCAAAGUUAUCUCAAACUUCACAUAAUUGCAGUUCAUGAUCGGAGCAGACCCUUUGAAUGUGAUAUUUGUCACAAAUCAUUUUCAUUCAAAGGUUAUCUAAAAACUCACAUAAGUGUCGUUCAUGAUCACUUUAAACCCUUUGAGUGUGACACUUGUCACAAAUCAUUUGGAUACCAGCACACCUUAAAAUAUCAUUUGAAUGCAGUUCAUGCUCGUAGCAAUCCCUUCGAAUGUAACAUUUGUCAUCAAUCAUUUGGACAGAAAAGUGACCUCAAACGUCACGUCAAUGCAGUACAUGAUCAAAGCAAACCCUUUGAAUGUAAGGUUUGUCGCAAAUUAUUUGGACAGAAAAGUGACCUCAAACGUCACGCCAAUGCAGUACAUGAUCGUAAUUAAUCUUUAAAAAAUUCAGUUUGUU